AUGGGACCGUCGCUAAAGCCGCACAAAACAAGGAUCACGAAGGUGGAGAACACACUGGAAGAGCUGAUAGAAAGCUCCCAACAUAUGGUAGCUUUCGAAAUCCCCAUCACGGAGAACGAAGAAGAGUCAAUGGAUCUCCUACGAACCAGGAUAAAAUCAAUACAGCACCGCCACACCAACAUAACCACAACCAAAGCAGCACUAGAGACAGCGGUCUCUAGUUAUCAGGAAGCCUUCAGCUCGUUGGACAACAACUCCCAGCAAGAAGAAAGAACAUCCCAAGAGACGUACGUUGACCGCGCUUGGGAUUUAACAGCGACGGCACUCUCCCUUCUUAACAAACUGGACGAAAAGGAGACAGAAUCCUCCAGACUGGAUAAUUUCGCCCAAGCGGCAAGAAGAAGAGAGAGACAACUCGAAGCCGUCAACACACCUCAGGCAUCCAACGAAUCGUCAAGAUGGACAACACCGCCACCGUCCGCCCAGCUGCAAUCAAUGCUGCCCAGGCUACAACUUCCCAAGUUUAGCGGAAGACGCGAGGAAUGGGGGUUUAGUUUGGGAAUGUCUAGAAAUAUCCUUUCAGUCGGACAUGUCUUUGUCGCAUAUUGUCAGUCAUAUCAGUUUCAACGACCACGACAAAAUCAGACGACAAUCGAAUGUAGAUACAUGGCUGAAGAAUUAACUGAACUGCGAGAAACGGCUGGAUUGAUAUCUAGUAGAGGAGUCUGGCCAGCACAAAUUUGUCGUAAUCUGCAUGCCUACUUGGGCUCUUCGCUUUUUGUAUUUGGAUGAUUCCGGUGUGUUUCGGAAAGUUCCAGAAGUUGAAUGCAUUGAUUCUGUUUGCGAUGUGGAAAGCAGCACAUGACUCUUUAGGAAAUGUAAGGUACGUAUGCGAUCGCUACCUACGAGUCUACCCGUGAGGCUGAGCUUACAUAAUGGAAUACGUGACUAGUCCAUGUUGACUGUGCCCGUUCAAAUCAUUUAUUCACAUCAUGUUCCAGUGACUAGGUUUCAAGUUUCACUUUUGACUUGAAUUGAUAGAAUGUUUUGGGUAAUUC